UAGUGUAAAUUGUGUGCUUUGAUUUAACUUGAUGUCCGACAUCAAGAUGCCAAUGUUAAUUUAGAAAAAAAACUUUGAAGAGUCGAGUGCAGAAUGAAAUACAAGUAGUUGUUAUAAUUAUAGUUGGUUGUCUUUGUUAUUAUCUGUAGCAGCACUCAAGAAUCUUAAAAUACUGUGUUUCAGUUCUAAUGGUCCGUAGGCGGUCCAAAACUGGUCCCUCCAGAAUGUGGCAACCGUCCUCAGGUCCUCCGCAACAGGGUGCACCUAUGAUGCAUCAUGAAGGCGAGCAGCGUUGGGGCCACCUUGCAGCCAGCGCCUCUCAGCAGCAGGCCCCUACUUGGCGGGCAUCCUCUUAUCUGCCAUCAACAGCAGCCCAUCCUGUACAACAGAUUUGGACUCCCCACCGCCAUGACGGCGACCGGCAUUGGGGCGCCCAGCCUGGUGCUGGUGGUGGCUACCAACAGAUGCAGCCUGCUCCUGCUACUGGGCAUGCUGGUCCGCCGCCAUCUGCUACAACUGCCCAUUAUGACAGCGACCGGCAUUGGGGCGCCCAACCUGGUGCUGGUGGUGGCUACCGACAGAUGCAGCCUGCUCCUGCUACUGGGCAUGCUGGUCCGCCGCCAUCUGCUACAACUGCCCAUCAUGACAGCGACCGGCAUUGGGGCGCCCAGCCUGGUGCUGGUGGUGGCUACCAACAGAUGCAGCCUGCUCCUGCUACUGGGCAUGCUGGUCCGCCGCCAUCUGCUACAACUGCCCAUCAUGACAGCGACCGGCAUUGGGGCGCCCAGCCUGGUGCUGGUGGUGGCUACCAACAGAUGCAGCCUGCUCCUGCUACUGGGCAUGCUGGUCCGCCGCCAUCUGCUACAACUGCCCAUCAUGACAGCGACCGGCAUUGGGGCGCCCAACCUGGUGCUGGUGGUGGCUACCAACAGAUGCAGCCUGCUCCUGCUACUGGGCAUGCUGGUCCGCCGCCAUCUGCUACAACUGCCCAUCAUGACAGCGACCGGCAUUGGGGCGCCCAACCUGGUGCUGGUGGUGGCUACCAACAGAUGCAGCCUGCUCCUGCUACUGGGCAUGCUGGUCCGCCGCCAUCUGCUACAACUGCCCAUCAUGUCGGCGAGCGGCAUUGGGGCGCCCAGCCUGGUGCUGGUGGUGGCUACCAACAGCUGCAUGAGCCUGCUCCUGCUACUUGGCAUGUUGCUGGGCCGCCGCGAGCUGCUGCAACUGCCCAUCAUGACGGCGACCGGCAUUGGCGCGACCUACCUGGUGGUGUUGGUAGCUACCAUCAGCUGCACGAGCCUGCUCCUGCUACUGGGCAUGCUGGUCCGCCGCCAUCUGCUACAACUGCCCAUCAUGACGGCGACCGGCAUUGGGGCGCCCAACCUGGUGCUGGUGGUGGCUACCAACAGAUACAGCCUGCUCCUGCUACUGGGCAUGCUGGUCCGCCGCCAUCUGCUACAACUGCCCAUCAUGUCGGCGAGCGGCAUUGGGGCGCCCAGCCUGGUGCUGGUGGUGGCUACCAACAGCUGCAUGAGCCUGCUCCUGCUACUGGGCUUGUAGCUGGGCCGCCGCGUGCUGCUACAACUGCCCAUCAUGUCGGCGAGCGGCAUUGGGGCGCCCAGCCUGGUGCUGGUGAUGGCUACCAACAGCUGCAUGAGCCUGCUCCUGCUACUGGGCUUGUAGCUGGGCCGCCGCGUGCUGCUGCAACUGCCCAUCAUGUCGGCGAGCGGCAGUGGGGCGCCCAGCCUGGUGCUGGUGGUGGCUACCAACAGACCCGGGUGGAAAGAUCUCCUGCUCCUGCUACUGGGCAAGGUGGGCCGCCGCCAUCUGCUACAACUGCCCAUCAAGCCGGUGAGCGGCAUUGGGGCGCCCAGCCUGGUGCUGGUGGUGGCUACCAACAGAUGCAGCCUGCUCCUGCUACUGGGCAAGGUGGGCCGCCGCCAUCUGCUACAACUGCCCAUCAAGCCGGUGAGCGGCAUUGGGGCGCCCAACCUGGUGCUGGUGGUGGCUACCAACAGAUGCAGCCUGCUCCUGCUACUGGGCAAGGUGGGCCGCCGCCAUCUGCUACAACUGCCCAUCAUGACGGCGACCGGCAUUGGGGCGCCCAACGUGGUGCUGGUGGUGGCUACCAACAGAUGCAGCCUUCUCCUGCUACUGGGCAUGCUGGUCCGCCGCCAUCUGCUACAACUGCCCAUCAAGCCGGUGAGCGGCAUUGGGGUGCCCAACCUGGUGCUGGUGGUGGCUACCACCAGGAACAGCCUGCUCCUGCUACUGGGCAUGCUGGGCCGCCGCCAUCUGUAGCCCAUGACCACCAUGACGGGGAGGGCCGGUGGAGCCCUGAACCGAGUGAAUGCCUCCAGCAGCCUCUGCAGCAUCCGGGGCCAUCUGCAGCACCAGAACGAACUGGAGGCGUCAAGAGAAGAAAGGUUGUUCUUUCUAAAACGGAAGACGAUGAAGAUGAGGAAGAAUACGAUGAUGACGGCUUAGAUGAUGAGGAUGAUGACGAUGAGCCCACUCGAAUGGUCAAAGGUGACAGCUCUAACUGCGGGGCAAUUUAUCUGCCUGAUUUAAACAAACCUGAUGAUGUCGUCUCCACCAAAAAGGGCAAAGGGAAGGCCCCAGCCCCAGCUGCAAAAAAUUCUAAGAAACCUGCCAAAGCACGUGGAGUCAGCAAGGCGAAGAUGGCUGCCCUAAGGGACGAGGCUGAGAAAUUCUAUCAAAAUCCUUCAGAGGAGAAAAAACCACCGAAAAAGAGGACUCUUCGAUCUUCCAAAUAUGAAGAAGAUUCUCCAUGCCACCAGGGAUUUGAAGAACCUAACUUGAGUAAACAAGUCACCUGUCAAGAAGUGGAUGAAGAUUGUCCAGUGUGCCUGGAAGAAGUACUUAAGCCGCCAUACAAAUGUAAGAAGUGUCGCAAAGAUAUGUGCACAUUCUGCAUAUUAGAAUGGUUAAAAGUAGGAAACUGUUGUCCUUGUUGUAAAGUUCCAAUUAAUGUCAUAGAAAUUCCUAACAUUAUACCGCAACGUCACAUUUCAAAGUAGAUUAGUAUACAGUGCAUCCCUUGCGAACUGUGUCCUGCCUAAACCAGGGAUGUACUGUAUUUUUCCACACAAUGUUUUUUUAACUUCCAUUUCUUUUAAAUUGUUUUCUACUUCAAUUCUUAUCAAUAAUUUUCUACAUGUAAUUCCAUACAAUUAUUUUCUACUUUCCUACAUUCAAUUUUUAGGUAUCAGUGGAACCUGAUAUUUUGUAUCUGUAUUUUCUUGUGCUUGGAGCUUUGACUUCUUAAAUGUUGAGUUUGUACAUCAAAAGUUCCAUUUAGAUAUGUUUUUUCUUUAUUGACAUAACAUUUGACGUUAUUACACUUAUUGGCAAGUAAAAUCAGUAAGGAUUGUAAAAUAGCAGAUGCAAAAAUGAAAGUAAUGAACAAUAAAACGAAUAAAAAAAUAACUGACAUGGUCAUACUGGUG